AAAAGGAAGGGUAGCACUCUUUUGAGGCCUUCCACGCAUCCGAAGAAAGCGAAGGCUUCUCAGCCCUCGGAGAAGGAAGCAGUUUCGGAAGUCAUGCCUCCUCCUAAGAAUCUUCUUCACUUCAUGCCCUUGCCAGGGCAGAAGUUAAAGAGUGUGGUGGUUGCUGAACCGCCGGCCGUGGAUCAGCCGCUGAUCGAGGAAGAUAUCAUCCCUUCUCCCCUUAAACCAUCUGCUGCUUUGGGGAUCGAAAUCCAGGAUAUCACCGAGGUGAUGGAGGCGAUUGAAGCCGAUUUUGUUCCUGGUUCGGAUGUCCCUGAGGUAGCUGGGGAGAAGAAGGAGUCUGCUGAUCUUCCCUUCGAGAGGGAGAAGAGUCCAGACAAGGAGAUGAUAGAUCUCUCGGGCCCCGAAGCUGCGGUCCCCGAGGUUCAGAAGGAGGUUCCCUCUGCUGGAGAGGAGGAGCAGCCCGAGCAAGGUUUGACGAGGAAGAGGCGCCACUCGACUUUGGGUUCUACUUCUACCUCGGCCCUGGAUAGGCUGAUCCAUGCUGAUCCCUGUUCGGAUGUUCCGCUAAAACGGAUCCCCGAAGAAGUAAGGGAGGCGAUGGCUCGAUAUGCCAGGGCUCCGAUUUUGGGAGAGGACCCUUUGGCUCACGUGGGAUCCUUGGUGGGCCCCGAGGCUGCUCGGGAGAAUCUGCUUCGUGCUAACCCGCAGUGGAGGGUUCCUGGGGCCGAAGAGAGGAAUCCGGCAAUGAUGGCCCAGUACUAUCUGAACGAGGCUGUUUUCUGGUCUUCGUUCGCUUCCGAGUGUAGCUCGGUUGAGGAGAAACAACUGAGGAAAUAUCGUGAGGCUUAUGCUCGUGAUAUUCCCAUUUUGGACCAGAAGGCUGGGCAACUCCUCUCCGAGCUUACGGAACUCAAGCAGCUGUACCUUCACUAUAGUCGCGAGGCUAGAGAGUCUGCUGAGAAGAUCGGGACCGAGGUUGGCCAGCUCAUCUUCCGAGUUGAAGAGGAUGCUGAGAAGAUCGCUUCCUUUGCUGAGGAGAAGAAGGAUAUGGCCGCUAAGUUCGCUAGCGAACUUGAGGAAAAAGAUAGACUCUUCCAGGAGAUGAAGUCUAAAUUUGAAGCGGCCGACAAGGAGCGUACAGAGGCGGAGUUAAGGCUCCACCAUUUUGUCCAGCAUCGGGAGCUGAUCCAGCAGCAAGCUGAUAAGGUGCCUGUCCUUCGGCUGAAGCUUCGGGAAAAAGAUGACUAUAUUCGGAAGCUGGAGCAGGAGCGAGUCAACCUCUACACUGCUGAUCAGUGUAGAGAGCAGUACUGGAACGGCAUCCUGGGUGCUCGGCGCAUGUUUGCGAAGCACAUGCCUCACUUCCCUUGGAACGAGAAAGUUCCUCUAUGGAUGCAGGCCGAGGACCACUUGGUGGAAUGCCAAGCUGAUCGAGAUGAAGCUGAAGCUGAACGCCAAGCUGCUCUUGCAGAGGCUCGGGCCCAGAAGGCAACUUCCGAAGGUGAUACCACUGCUGGGGGUUCUUCGAAGGAUGCUCCCCUAGGGGCCGCUUCUGAGACUCCCAAGAGUUAGGGAUUCGGGCAGUCGUCUUCUUCAGAGUCGGUCGGUUCCAGUUGAGGACUUCCGAAUAUGUGCUUGCUUUUCCCCCUUUUGCCUCGGCGCUGCGUUGUACUCAUUUCUUUUUGCUUUCUUUAGUACUUCGGUAGGCCGGUAUUGUCUGUUGAUGGCUGCCGAUUUUAACUUGUUUCAUUUUGUUUUCAAUUUUUGAGGUUUUCGAUGUGUUUGUACU